AUGAGUAAGAAACUUGGCUUUAAUAUUUCUGAUCUCCUUGCUCAACCUGUUACUUCUUCGGCUUCUCCUACGACAUCCUCGUCCGUAUCCACGAAUUCUGAUCUGAUCACAUCAUCUAAUGAUCGACCAAUUGAAUUAACUUCAACAAUCUCUAGCAACGAAUCAACAACUCAUUUAUCCAAUUAUGAACAAUUAAUGCGAGCAUCAUCAAUCUACCGCAAUCAAGAUUAUUCUUUAUUACCAAUUGUAAAUGGAACUUAUCCAUGGAUUCAAACAGAUAGUAUUCUUAAAGAUCGUUUUUCAUUAUUUAAUAAUCAACGACGCUUGGGUCAUCCCUAUCAAAAUCGAACACCGCCGAAGAGAAAAAAGCCUCGUACAUCAUUUACUCGUUUACAGAUUCUCGAACUAGAAAAACGGUUUCAUCGACAAAAGUACUUAGCGUCUUCGGAACGUUCACAACUAGCAAAAGGUCUAAAAAUGACCGACGCACAAGUGAAAACAUGGUUUCAAAAUCGGCGAACUAAAUGGCGUCGACAAACAGCAGAAGAACGUGAACAAGAACGACAAGCAGCCAAUCAUCUUGUUCUAUCCAAUUCUCACCACCGCUCCGAAUCAUCAAGCCCAAAACUACCUUCACCAUCUCAACAAAUCUCUACUGAUGCUAACAAUUCCUUGAUAUAUUCAAGUGCAUCAUUGAAUGCUCUACAGAACCUGCAACCAUGGUCUACACCAUCGAACCAUUCAAACUUAUCAUCAACAUCAUCAAUGUCCGAUGAUAGUCAUCAACGAACUAUUUCAACCAAUCGACAAUAG